CGGCACUUUAAUAUCAUCCGUCACCCGUGGAUUUAAGGAGAUAGCCAAGACCGGGGUUGACCGCAAUCACACUUUUCUUCCUCCCUCCACUUCACCGUUAGAUCGAACAUGUCGAGCCCGCAAGGAAUGUUAUUUGUCGCGAUGGAGGUCUCCCCCGUAGUGACUGAGGAACGCUUCAAUGAAUGGUAUGACACUGAGCACGUCCCGAUCCGACUCAAGGUCCCUGGGCUGAACUCCGUCGUCCGCUACAAAGCGUCCGACGCUCAAGUCCCCACCUGGCUCACGAUGUACAACUGCGAUAACGCGGGUGUUGUCGGUUCCGAAGCAUACACCUCGCUUGCAGCUCUUGCCUCGGACAACGAGAAAGAUAUCGCCUCAAAGACCAUCGGUGUGAGCCGACGCGUUUACGAGCACUUUUUGACCAAGACCGAUCCCGGCGUGCCCGACGAGGAUCUGCCGAGCAAGUUCAUCCUGGUGGCUGGCUUGGAAGUGGCGUUGGAAGACGAGGAUGAGUUGAACAAAUGGUAUGCAGAGGAGCACAUCGAUUUGCUAUCUAAGAUCCCCGGCUGGAAGCAAUGCCGACGGUACAGGAUUCUUGAGCACAGGCAAGUCGGUGCUGUCAUGGAAGGAAAGCCGGUUUGCAAGUAUCUCGCCAUUCACGAGUUCGACAACGGCGUGUUCCUCAAGACUCUCGAGAUGCACAACGCGGCCACAAGCGAGUGGGCGAAGCGCAUGGCGACUAAAUUUCUCCAGCACGAGUUGAGGGUGUUUGAGUUGCAUAAGGGUUUCAAAGCUUGAGUCCCCACUAUCUGAUGGUUGUCGGAGAACAUUUUUGUCUCUCUAGACUCAGGGAGACUCCGUACUUGUCCUUGUACUUAUAUCCACCUAACGUGUGUAUGACGAGUGCAACUUUGCCGUGCCAUAUAUGGGCAUGAUGAGGUCAGAUUUGAUCAAGAGUGUUUCAUCUAGAGCAAUCACCAUUCUAUCAAUUAUGAUAAAA